AUGAUGCGAUUUUUCGCUGACCCAGAUCUUUCACAGAGAACGUCGCGUGAAGCAGUCGCAGGGAGCUUUCCGGGAGAGAAGCGCGCCGUGCUGGGCGAUAAGCAGAUCAUCCAAGCGGCUUCGCUGCAAACCGUAGAGCUUGAGCGCGCGGAGAACCAGCUGCGCAAACAGUGGCAAAGAGGGAUCUCGGGGGGAGAAAAGGCGGAGAAGCGAGCGCGCGGAACCAGCGGCGGAGGGGGAAGCCACCAUGGCAGGACUGGGAGCGGCGGGGACGGCGUGGGGGGAUCAGGCGGAGAGGGGAAGGGAAGAAAGACAGGCCGUCCGAUUAACGGCAUGUUGCGGCCUGUUCAGGGCGGCGAUUUCUUGGAUGUGGCGCUCCUUGCAGGGCUGGCGACGCGGGCUCGGCGGGAGGCAGCCAGGCUACAGGAGGAGAUGACACGUGUCCUCCGUGACGUGGAGAAAGCGCGUGAAGAGAGCGCGCGCAUGGGGGAACGCGCCGCCGCGGCGCUGGAAGACGCAGCGGACGCGAUAGAAGCAGCGGCUAGGGUUGCGAUUCGGAAUGGCGGGAAGAAGGGGCGGUCCGGGGGAGGCGACGCGGGAGGGAAGGGGGGAAACAGGGGAGCGCGGGCGACGGAAAUGGCUUUAGGCGGGUGGUGGGGGGACGGAGGAGUAAGGUUGAUUAAGGUUAAAGUGCCGGAUCGACACGCGGGAGGGUGCCUGGAUGAGAAGGGCGGCUCGGGAAAAGGUUUAAAGCUGUAUGUUGCGCAAUCCGAUCCGGAAGAUGCGGGGGAGGCGGAGUUAAUCGGGGAGGAUGACGUGUCGGACGAUGGUUGGGCCGCGCUUUCGCUUGAUGGCGACUCGGGGAGUGAAGGUAAGGGGGAUAUCUUGGGGACUAAGAGAUUAAAGUCGAGAGUGUUAGGGUUGUAUGGCAUGCGUCCCGGAGAUGGGCGUGGAGGGGCGGUUCGAGACGGCUCGGAUGGUGAGAGGACGGAGGAGGAAGAGGGGGAGGAGGAGGAAGAGGACGAGGAAGAAGAGGAGGAAGAAGAGGAGGAGGAAGAGGAAGAGGAAGAGGAGGAGGAAGAAGAGGAAGAUAGGGAGACGAGGUUCAGAGGCUUUAUCCCGUUAGGGCACAAUCGGGAGCAGGAGAAACAGCAGCAGCAGCAGCAGCAGCAGCAGCAGCAACAGCAACAACAGCAGCAACAACAACACCAGCAGCACCAGCACCAGCACCAGCAGCACCAGCAGCAGCAGCCGCCACAGCACGAGCAGCAGCAACAGCAACAACAGCAGCAGCAGCAGCAGCAGCCGCCAGUAUUCGCGACAAUCUUCCCGCGCAUUGAAAAGCCUCGUCGCCCCAGCCCCCUAGGCCGCAGUGCUACAGCCGGCAAUUCCUCCGCAGCAGAAGCAGCACUCUUCGCCGCCGCAGCAGCAGUAACGGGCGCGUCUGGCCACGCUGCUGCUACAACCGCCGCCGCUACAGCCAGGCUGGAAGCUCGUGCUGCUGGGGCAGCGGCGGGGGAGGGGUCAGGGGGAGGGGGCGGAGGGGGAGGGGGAGGUGCGGGGGAGAGGAGUAGCGGGAGAGGGCGCGGAGGGGGGGGUACACCACUUGAGUCCCCUACCUCCCCCCCGCCGUCUCCUUUGUUUGAGGGGUUGACUGGUGGAAGUGUUACUGGGGUGGGGACUGGUUCUGGGGGAGCAGGGGGAACGGGGGGAAGGGGGGAAACGGGUAAAACGGGAAGUGCACGAGAGGAGUUAGGAGGGGCACCGUUGCUUGCAGGGACCCCUCUAGAAAGAGUGCAGAAACCAGCAUCACCUGCUGCUAGUUCCGCAUUCGGUUCUGGUCCGGGAUCUGCCUUUGGUUCGGGCUUUGGUUCGGGCUUGGGUUCUGGCUUCGCUGCUUCCGCGUCUUUAUCCCCCGGCCUGCGGUUCCACGGGCGGCAAAUGUCGGCGCCACCUGCCGAGCUGCUGGAGAUGAGCGGCGGGCUGGGCGGCGGGGGAGGGUUCGGAGGACUGGCUGCCGCCCAGCUAGUUGCUAUGAAACGGUUGGAAGCGGCUAAGAACUUAGGAUUGCUACCUAAUGCAGGUGGGGCUGAGGACGGGGCGGGCAGUGCUGCUGGUGGUGGUGGGGAGGUGGGAACUGGGGGCGGUGCUUCCCCUGGGAAGGAUUCGAGCCCGAGGGGGGGUGUGAGAGGGGGAGGAGGGAGCGUGGUAAGUCCGGGUAGAGAGCAGCAGCAGCAACAGCAGCAGCAGAAGCAGGGUAUCAGUGGGGCCACAGGAGCAGGAGGAGGUGGCGCAGCAGAAGCAGGGGCGACGUUUCAUGUUCCCACCCCUCCCCCACGCUCCCAGCUCCCAGCCAAUCGCUCCCCUGCCCAACGCCUAGCCGCCUCUGCUCUCGUCCGCCACGCCUCAGUAGACCUCUCCGCCCUGCGGGGCGGAUCCGGGGGAGGCUUUACCUGGGGCAGCGCGAAUCCCAGAUUCGCUGUAGACAGACUCAACAUGCUGGGGACUUCCCUAGGUCCCACCUCCCCCGGGUCACCCUCCCCUGGUUCCCCCUCCUCCCGCUCCCACCACUCUCUCGCGCCGAACCUCCGUCCGCAGGUCCCGUGGCUGCCGGCCACCGACCCUGAGCUGGCAAACCUGCCGGUUCGGAGGUUUGGUUCGGGGAUUCCAGGCCGGGGGGCAGGCUCGGUGACGAUGAGUGAAGCAGAGUUGACUGCGUUUGUGAAGGGGACUCCUCCUAGUGGGCUCGGGAGGACCCUUAGUGGGAUGGCGGGAUUGGCUGGUCGCACUGGGGGUGGGGGUGGUGGUGGUGGUGCUGGAAGUGGUGCCGGUGGUGGUGGUGGGGGUGGUAUAGGUGCCAGUCCUCUUGGAGGCGGUGGUGCUGGUGGUGCUGGUGGUACGAAUAUUCACAGCCUAGGGGAGGGGGUGCCUCGUCUCAUGUCUUCCAUUCUCAUGGAGGAAGGCGGGGUUUCUGCUUCUGCUGCCAGGGGCGGCACUCACCUGGGCGGCAGUCCUCUGGGCGGCAGUCCCCUUGGGAUCACCCGCACCGCAUCGCUUUCGCCGCCCAAUUCUGGGGUGGGUGGGGGGAGGAUGCUUCCUCCUCAUUUCCUCAGGUUGACUCUCGGCCGGGUUGGUGAAGCGGCAGGGGAGGGAGGAGGCGGAGGCGGAGGAGGAGGGGGAGGAGGAGGAGGAGGGGCGGCAACAGCAGGAGGAGCAGGAGGGUCAGGAGGAGGGGGUGGCGGAGGAGGGGGAGGAGGGGGUGGAGGAGGAGGGGGAGGAGGAGCAUGGGGAGGAGGAUGGGAGGGAAUUGUGGCCCAUAGAAAGACUGGCAGCUUAUCCCUCCUCUCCCGAACCAGCUCUGCCGCACCCAGCUUCGGCACAGCCUCGCCAGCCGGAGGCUCGGCAGCAGGCUCGGCAGCAAAUUCCCCUCUAGGAAGCGUGUCCUCCGGAUUCAGCCUAAGUCCCGGACUGGCCACUCCCCCCUCUCCCGCAUCCUCUUCCGAAGCCCCAUCCCCUGUCCCUCACUCUCCUCUCGCUCCUCUCUCCCCACUCUCCCUGCUCUCUCCUCUCCCUUCCUCCGUCCUCUCCCUCUCGCCGCUCUCCCCGCUCUCCCCCCCGGCCCGUACUCUCUCCUUUGGUGGGUUCUUCCCUCCGGGGGAUGGCGGGGCUGGGGGAGCUGGCAACGCUGCUGCUGUUGCUAAUGCCAGCACUGGCACUGAGCGGAAUGAGCAUACUGCAGGUGGUGCCUCUGGUGACGCUGGUGGUGCUUCUGCUGCAGCAGGAGGGGUUGGGGGAAACACUGGUAUGGGCGGCAGUACGGUUACAUCAGACGACGGCAGCAGCAGCGGUUACAUCCCCGCAGGUACGCGUGGCGGUUACGUGUCAUCUGGUGGCGGAGCGGGCGGCGGUUACAUGUCAUCUGGUGGUACCGGGGGCGGCAGUUACAUGCCAUACGGUGGCGGCAUGGGUGGCGGCAUGAGCGGCGGCGGGGGCGGCGGUUACAUCUCCGCAUCAGACGACGAGAGUGUCCACGGGCGGCUGGACAGGUGGCGGGAAAAGGGACUUGAUACGAACACAGAGGGCGAAACAACAGAGGGGGAUUACGACACAGAGAGGGAGGAGAGGGAGGAGGCGAAGAGGAGGGAGAGGCAGGAGAGGUUAUGGCGACUGGAAAAGAAGGUGGAGGUAGAAGAGUAUGAUACGGACCAGGAGUUGGAGCUUCGGCGGGAGGAACGGCAGCUGGCUCGGCAGCAGGCUCGGGAGAAGAGGUUAGGGUUGGCAGCAGAGAUGAUGAAAGCGGAGAUUGAGAAGGCUGCAGCUGCGGUGGGAGGUUUGGGAGGAAUGGGAGGAGGUAUGGGAGGAGGCAUGGGAGGAGGUAUGGGGGGAGGUAUGGGUGGGAAUGGCAUGGGCAUAGGCAUGGGGAUGGGAAUGGGGAGGGAGGGUUCUAGUAAGGAUGGAGAGAGAGGAGAGAGAGGAGUAAGCAGCAGGGAGAGUGGAGACGAGGGAGGAGGGGCAUUUGGGAGGAGCAGUGGUGCGGGAGGGGGUAGGGAUGUUGGGUUGGGGAAUGGGGAGUGGGGGGGGGCUGGUCGGGGGAGUGAGGGGAGGGGAGAAAGGGGUGGGGAUGGGAAGGAGCAGGAGCAGGGUGGGGGGAGGGGAGUGAGUGUUGGUUCGAGUGCGGGAGUGUCAGAUAGUGGAAGCGGUGGGGUGUUUUUCGAGAUUUCUCUUGAGGCUGGUGACAGUGCGGAGAGUGCUUAUAGAGAGGCGGCUUCUAACGAGUAUUCUCGGGGAGGGAACGCAGCUCUAUCCCCCACUUCCCCUCCCGGCCAAUCACAGUCGUCCGUUCUGGGUUUUCCCUCUAAGGUAACUUCGGAACAGGAUUUGUUAAAGAAGAGGUUGAAUCCGCUGCGAGUGUGGUUAGCGGAGCAGACUAUCGAGAGUACGGUUGCUGGUGCUAAAAGCCCGGAGCGUGAUGGAAAGCAGGAAGAUUUAAGUGCCGGCGUGAAGAGUUCAAAUAUUGGUGGGGGGAGUGGCUUUGGGAGGGAAGGACAAGGAAAUUCAGAGGUAGGAGGGGGAGGCGGAGGGGGAGGGGGAGCAGCAGCGGGGGGGAAAGGGGGAUUAGGGGGGUUGGGAAGUGGGCUGGCGGGAUUAGCUAGGAAGUGGGAGGGAGAAUGGAAGGGAGAGGAGGAGGAGGAGGAGGAGGAGGGGGAGGAGGAGGGGGAGGGGGGGGGGGGAGGAGCAGAGAGAGCAGGGGGAGCAGGGGGAGCAGGGGGAGCAGGGGGAGCAGGGGGAGCAGGGGGAUUAGGUGGUCUGGGCAGGGGCUUGGCAGGGCUAGCAAGCUUGCAAGGGCUCCUGGGUGGGGGGCAAGCGGGUGCAGGGGCACGGGAGGGGAUGAAUGGGGGAGGGGGAGGGGGACAGGGUGUGGGGACCAUUGGAGGGCAGUUAGGGGGGGAGAGGGGCCGCGCAAUUAAUUCAUUGCAGCAGCAGCAGCUGUUGCAAGCGUCUACAGAUCAAGCUUUAGCCCGGUUUGAACGGCUGGCUGCUGGUGGCACUAGUGACGCUGCUGCUGCUGGAUCCUCCACAAGUGCAGGGCAGGGACAGGAACAGCAGCAGCAGCAGCAGCAGCAGCAGCAGCAGCAGCAACGGCUGUUGCAGGCGUCUACAGACCAAGCCCUCGCCCGUUUUGAACGGCUGGCUGCUGCUGGUGGUGCUGCUAGUGCUACUGGUGGUUCUGGUGGUGCUUCUGCUGCUUCCCCAGGAGCAGCUGGAGGAGCAGGAGGAGGGGCAGGAGAAUCUAGAGGUGUGGGUGAGAGGAAGAAUCCACGAGCGGCCUCUGCUUCCUUGCAGCAGCCCGCUCCUCUCCCCGGCCCCCCCUCUCCUGGUGUGAAUGGAAGGGAGAUGGGGAGUGGUAACAGGGAAGGUGCGAAUCCCAGUGACAGAGGUAGAGGAGGGGGUAUGGGACAGAGCAGAGGAGGGGGUGGAGAAGGAGCAAGAGGAGGAAGUGGAGGAGGAGGGGAGGGGAUGAAUGGGAGAGGAGGAGAAGGGCAGUUGGGCAGCCCUGCUAGUAGCACUUCUAGCCGUGGGAGUGUUGGGGGGAGGGCAGGGGGAGGAGGAGGAGAAGGGGGAGGAGAUGGUCGGAGGGGAGUGGGCGGAAGGGGAGAGGGGGGCGGAAGAGGUGGGGGAAGGGGGGCGGGAGGAGGUGGGAGAGAUGGAGGGGGGAGGGGAGGUGCGGGGAGAGGGGGAGGGGGGGGUAGAGGAGGGGAAGGAGGAAGAGGAGGCGGAAGGGGUGGAGGGGGGAUGGGGGAGGGGGGAGGAAGAGGUGGAGGGGGCAGGGGCCAAGCGGCAGGGGGGCGAGGCAUGUCCGAAAGAGGGAGGUUGGAAGGAGGGGCUCUCGCGAACGCGGGAAACCCUAACGCGUGCAAGAUCUGCCACGUGGACAUUUUAGGAGGGCCUAAGUUCCGGAUCUGCCUUUCCUGCGGCGCUCCGUCGCAUCUAUACCCCGCGACUCGGUCGUCCCUGGAUGCGGCUUUAAGUACGGAAAGGUCGAGCCGGCAGAGCGCGGGGAGUGGAGAUACUAGGAGUAGUGAUGCUAGUCGGGGUAGCUCGGUCACCGGCUCUUUUCCGGGGACGAGUAUAUCGGGGACGCCUAUUGCGAGUAACGACAAGAGCGGCCUAUGGCGGAACACCCGGAUUGAGCGGCGGUAUCUGAUGUCCCUUGAGUUCAAGCCGCAAGACGACAAGCGCCGUCGCUCCUCCUCCACGCAGCCCUCGGAGCGCACUCUCGCAGAAACCCUAGCGGGCAUCAACGCGCCUCCCCCAGAUGCGACCUCCACCCGCGGCAGCACCAAUACUCGAGGCAGUACCGGUAGUGCUGGGCGCACCUCGAAUGCUUCAGGUGUCACCUCCGCCCGCGGCAGCACGGGUGCGCCCCCCCCAGGUGGCACCUCCACCCGAGGCAGCAGCAGCUCUACUGCUUCGUCUGCUGGUGGUGCUGCUGCUGGUGCUGCUGUCUCCACCACUUCAACUCCUGCCGCUCUCUCGUUCGCUCCUGCUGCUCAAUCGACUGCUCUGCCUACGCCACUACCCGCUCCCGGCGCUCUCCCUACCACUGCACCCACUGCUGCCCAUGCCGCCACGUCAGCACCGCCUGCAGCUGUCCCCACUAUUCCCAAUGCGGGCGUCGCAACAGCUGCUGCUCCUUCAUCGUUCUUUGCUGCCAGCUUUGGGUCAGGAGGGGGACAGCAGCAGCAGGGUGCAGCGGCUGUCACUCCAGAGAGGCACAGCAGUGGUUCUUCUGCUCUGGACUUCUUCUCUCAGCUCAGUGGUAUCACAAGCUCUGUCCUUUCUGGCACCACCUCUUCGUCUUCUUCUGCACAUCCGUCCGGCGCCACUCACGCCAACGACCCUGCUGCUGCUGGCAUGAGCGCUUUCACGGGCAAUUUCGCAGGAAGUUUCCCUGGGAGCCAGCCGUACGCCUCCCACGACGGGCAGUUCGGGCAGUUUGUAAAACCGGAGCCAGCGAAUCCGGUGGUGCAGGAAAUUUUGCAGUCACUGCCUGACUUGUCGUUCAUGCUGGCUGAUCACCUGGUGGUGCCCGGGAGGGAUCCUGGAGGGUUGAGGGAGUUUAAUAGCCGGCCGAAGGUUUCUGCUGCAUCGAUCAUUGCAUCGUGCGUUCCCCGUCGGGCAAUAACACACGCUGCAGCUGCACCGGCAGCAGGAGGAACAGGGGCAGAUGCAGGAGCAGCAGCAGCAGCACCAGCAGCAGCUCUUGUUGAUUCUUCUGCAAGUGGAACUGUAGAGAUUCAAAGCACAGCACCUGCAAGUGCAGCAGCUACAAACGCAGCAGCUACAAUGGAGGCGGAAGAAAGUGGGAAGCAGCAGAUGCCCACAGCUGGAUUUGAUUCCUUGGAAGAUUCUGCUGGGGUGGGUCAUGCAGCAAUCACAGCACCUGCUGCAAACAUGGCAUCAACAGCUCCUGCUGGUGUUGGUUCUGCAACUGCUGUGAGUGACCCUGGGAUGGCUCCACCUGUGGCAGAGACUUCUGUGUCUUCCGUGAUCGCGGGAAUGUCGAUGGGGGGCUUCAUGGAUGAUGCAGAGGAGGAUAAUGACGAUUGGGGCGACUUUGAGUCGUGA